CCCAGGAAGGAGCAGCAGAGAAUUCCCAAGGUCCAAAUGCAGGGAAAACAUACUAGCCCACACACUGUUUCUGGUCAUCGGGCCCUAUGGCUCUCUCCUGGCAUUUUCUGCCUGGGCCUUGCAUUCCUGCUGGGCUGGGUGGGCCUGCUGCAGGGACACCCCCAGUGCUUGGAUUAUGGCCCACCCUUCCGUCCUCCUCAGCGCCUGGACUUUUGCUCUGACUAUGACUCCUUUGGCUGCUGUGAUCAGCGCAAGGACCGCCGCAUCGCUGCCAGGUACUGGGACAUCAUGAGCUACUUUGACCUGAAGGGCCACGAGCUGUGUGGAGGUUACAUUAAAGACAUCCUUUGCCAGGAGUGCUCUCCCUACGCAGCUCACCUCUAUGAUGCCGAGAACCCUCAGACACCACUCCGGAACCUUCCGGGCCUCUGCUCUGACUACUGCUCUGCCUUCCACCGCAGCUGCCACUCGGCUAUCUCCUUGCUAACCAAUGACCAUGGCUUCCAGGAGUCCCAUGACGAAGAUGGUGCUCGCUUCUGCCACCUCCUCAACCUCCCUGACGAGGACUACUGCUUCCCCAAUGUCCUGAGGAACGAUCAACUCAACCACAACCUGGGAGUGGUGGCUGAGGACCAGCAGGGCUGCCUGCAGCUCUGCCUGGCUGAGGUGGCCAAUGGCUUGAGGAACCCCGUGUCCAUGGUCCACGCUGGGGAUGGCACCCACCGCUUCUUUGUCGCUGAGCAGGUAGGAGUGGUGUGGGUCUACCUCCCUGACGGGAGCCGCCUGGAACAGCCCUUCCUGGAUCUCAAGAGCAUCGUGCUGACCACGCCGUGGAUCGGGGAUGAGAGAGGCUUUUUGGGCCUUGCUUUUCACCCCAAAUUCCGCCACAACCGCAAGUUCUAUAUUUAUUAUUCAUGCCUGGGCAAGAGGAAGGUGGAGAAAAUCCGGAUUAGUGAGAUGAAGGUCUUCCAGUCUGACCGCAACAGAGCGGAUCCCAAAUCAGAGAGGGUCAUUUUGGAGAUCAACGAGCCAGCCUCCAACCACAAUGGCGGACAGCUUCUCUUUGGCCUGGAUGGCUAUCUGUACAUAUUCACUGGGGACGGAGGGCAGGCUGGGGAUCCGUUUGGCAAGUUUGGAAAUGCUCAGAACAAAAGUUCUCUGCUGGGGAAAGUGUUAAGGAUUGAUGUGAACAGGGCAGGCGUGGAUGGCCAGCGGUACCGAGUGCCCCUGGACAAUCCGUUUGUCUCUGAGCCAGGUGCCCACCCUGCCGUCUAUGCCUACGGGGUCAGAAACAUGUGGCGCUGUGCUGUGGACCGAGGAGACCCCGUCACACGCCAGGGUCGAGGUCGGAUGUUCUGUGGGGAUGUGGGCCAGAACAAGUUUGAGGAAGUCGACCUCAUAGUUAAAGGCGGGAACUAUGGCUGGAGAGCCAAGGAAGGGUUUGAAUGUUAUGACAAGAAACUUUGCCAUAACGCGUCCUUGGAUGACAUUCUGCCCAUCUAUGCUUAUGGCCAUGGGGUAGGAAAGUCAGUCACUGGAGGGUAUGUCUACCGUGGGUGUGAAUCCCCCAAUCUCAAUGGACUCUACAUCUUCGGGGACUUCAUGAGUGGCCGACUUAUGGCUUUGCAGGAAGAUGGGAGAACUCAGAAAUGGACAAAGCGAGACAUCUGCUUGGGCAACUCGACCUGCGCCUUCCCGGGGCUGAUCAGCGCGUACAGCAGGUUCAUCAUCUCCUUUGCUGAAGAUGAAGCGGGGGAGCUGUAUUUCCUGGCCACCUCCUACCCAAGUGCCUAUGCGCCAUACGGAUCUAUUUACAAGUUUGUUGAUCCUUCAAGGCGAGCCCCACCAGGCAAGUGCAAAUAUAAGCCAGUGCCGGUGAGAACCAAGAGUAAGAAGGUCCGGUUCCGGCCACUCGCUGCCACAGUCUUGGACUUGCUGAAGGAGGAAUCACAGAAAGCAGCCCGAAAACCAUCCAAUGCAACCUUAACUUCUAGCUCAGACAGGGUUGCAUCUCAGAAGGGCUCCCCCAAGAAACCAGCUUCUCCCCGAAGCAGCAAGAAAACACUCCGAAGGCCUGGUACCAAGAAGAAAAGCAGAGCGUGGUCCCCACGUCCCCAGGGCAAGAGGAAGCAGAAUCUUGACAGCCGUGGUGGCGUGGGGAUGAGACAGGCCGCAGGCAGAAGUCGCCCAUGACCUCUUGGUCAACUUGGCCGAUGAGACCUGAAAUAGGAGAAUGCUUCACUGAGUGUAUACUGCUGUCCAUACUGAGUCUGGGUCUCAGACAGUCAAGAAGCCUGGGUGGCAGUGGGUUGGGCAGGCCUGUUUUCUAGCCUGUGUGGUCUUUCCCUCCCUGGGAAAUCUUGCUGUCUAAUGAAGAAACACGAGCCUGGUCUGUGGGCAGCAUUUCUGUGGAGAGCCCCCAGCCCACAGGACCUUGCACCUGGCUUAUGGCAUGUCCAGUGUGCAUACCUGCCUGGCAUCCCACCUGAUAGCCUUUCUACCUGGGGUAAUAAAUUACCUUUGGCUUA